AUGACCACCUACACUGACUAUGCCUUCAGUGCUGCUGAGGCGCAGACGGUGACGGCGCUCGACGGCAGCCAGGUGCAACUGAGCUGCGACAUAAGCGCUCCGGGGGUCGGUGACUUCCCGGUGCGCAUCCGCUGGUUCAAGGACUCCAGCCCCAACCCCGUGUAUAGCGUAGAUGUCAAUCCAAGGACGGGGAGCCUGUCGCAGAUCCGUCAGAGUGCGCAGCGUAGCAGCUUGCAGGGUCGUGCGUACUUUUCGGUCAUCCAGACACCCGCCGUGCUCAGCAUAGACCGUCUGCGGCACGCCGACAACGGCUCCUAUGUGUGCGCGGUGGACUUCAAGAAAGACUGGACACGGAAACUCACGGCGCAUCUCAUCGUCAUCGUACCUCCCAAGCGUCCUGUCAUAAUGGACGAAAAUGGCACGAAGAUCGACAACAUCACCAGGCCGUACCUAGAGGGCGAAGACCUCACUCUGACCUGUGACGUCUACGAUGGCCAGCCAGAGCCCGUGGUGACAUGGUGGCGUGGCUCGGAGCUCCUGCAGCAAGCGCUGAGCCGCAAUUCGGGGGGCCAUCCACGCGCCACGCUGUUCCGCCUGCGGCUCACGCGCGCCGACUACCAGGCACGGCUGACCUGUCGCGCAACCAACAGCAACAUUACGCUGCCCGUGGCCACAACCAUCGUCGUCAACAUGCACUUGAAGCCAGUCUCGGUUGAGAUCAAAGGACCCCGUGGACCGCUGUCAGCGGAGCUGUCGGCACAGGUCAUCUGUCAGGUGAACGGAUCGCGGCCAGAGGCCCUGGUGCGCUGGUUUCUGGGACCGUACCAGCUGAACGACACCGAGACGCACGUCAUCUCGCCUAACACCACGCUGGGAGUGCUGAACUUUGUGCCGGGAGACCGCGACCACGCUGCGCGGCUGCGCUGUCUCGCCUCCAACUCGGCGAUAGGUGGAGCGCAGGGCAGCGCAUCCGCACCGCUGGAGGACUCCUGGAUACUGGACGUCCACUACAAGCCGGUGGUGCAGCUGCGGCUGGGAAGCGGCCUCAGUCCGUCCAACAUCCACGAGGGCAUCGACAUCUACUUCGAGUGCAGUGUGCGCUCCAACCCACCGGUGAGCGAGGUCUCGUGGACCUUCGAUGGUCGGGACCUGAACACGGAUGGCGCCCGAGGCAUUAUCGUCAGCAACCAGUCACUCGCGCUGCGCUCUGUAAACCGUACCAACAGUGGGUUCUACGCCUGCCACGCUGCCAACUCGGAAGGUGAAGCCGAGAGCAACCGUCUACGGCUCAGGGUUCUGCAUUCACCAGUGUGCCAGUCGGGCCACCGGCAGCAUUCGCAUUCGGUGGCGAAGCACGAGACGGUUGAGGUGGAAUGUGAUGUGGAGGCGGACCCAAGCAACGUCACUUUCUCGUGGACCUUCCACCAGGCGCAUCGCACCGCUGCGCUGUCACCGAACUCCAGCUUCUCGACACCACCGGGGGCACCGCUGCGCUCGGUGCUGCGCUACACGCCGCGUUCGGACACCGACUACGGCACGCUCUACUGUCGCGCACGCAAUGCCGUCGGCGACAGCCUCGAGCCUUGCAUCUUCCAGAUACACCCCGUCGGUCCGCCAGUGACGCCUUUCAACUGCAGCGUAGAGGAAGUGACGUCAGAAGGCGUACACGUGGUGUGCCAGCGCAGCGGGGCAGGACAGCAGCAGACGUUUUUGUUAGAGCUGCAGGAUGGCCAGAGCACACCCAUCGUGACAAACUUCACCUCCGGCCAGCCCAGUUUCCGCGUCCACUCACUUAGGCCAGCCACGCGCUACCAGAUGGCGCUGUACGGCAUCAACGCCAACGGCCGCAGCGAGCCCGUCCAUUUGACCGUGUUCACGCUGCCUGUGGGCAGGGGACUGGUCAGCAAAGCAGACACAGAGUGGUCCCUAGGGUCUACCACGCUGUGGGCAGCCGCGCUAAGCGCCGUCGCCGCCUUCCUCAUCGUAUUCAUCGCACUUACGCUUGGCAAGUUCAGGCGGAAGAUCCUCUUCAACCGAGCUCAAAACGUUUGGAACAGGAAUGAAAGAGAGUGCAACCAUGUCCCCCACGAUCUGGUCGAAGGAAAUUUGGACUUGGGGACGGAACUCAUGGCAUUCGACCCGCCGGCAAUGAUCACGUUCAAGGAUCCCCUCUCAAUGAAGCCAGCACUGAACGGCAGCAAUGGUACAAUCCUGGGUCUGUCGUCACAGCCGAAAGGACGAGUGCCGUCGCCGUCCUAAGCAGCUGGACCGUCGACUGUGGCGCCAACUGGCCCCGCUUCAUUCAUCGCCGCCACGUGGUGGCAGUGACGCAUUGUGAAAGCAUGACUUUCGUUAUCCGCCUGACCGGCACGACCCUGUCGCCGUCGUCUGAAAAAGACAUGCGCAGAAACGAUAAAUUGUGUUCUACCCUUCAGUCGUCGUCCUCAACGCACCUAGAAUGCUCAACGGGGAGGAAAAUAGUGGGUCGUGACAUCGACGAAGAAGCUACGAGACUCAUAGACAAGACUCGAAGAAGUGGAUAACACUUACCAUUGCCUAACCAAUGCCGAUAGCAGUACGGACAUGUAUUUUCCAGUGACUUCUUUGCUGCAUGCUUCGCAGCGCAGGUUAUCAAGUUUCUUUUCCAUAACAUUUUUUUUUCUCGUGAAAUGCGCUUGCUUUGUAAAAGAGAGUAUAGUGCGAACAUCAAGGUGCGGCAAAGAAAGAUGGAGAUCGUUAGCGUACGUCAAAGGGUCUAGGUAUACAUAAGAAUUGUGGAACGAGGUUAUUUGGUCGAUCAUCUUUUUGACUCACGCCGUCGUCAGAUGGCAGGGCCACUCAAAACCAUUGCUUCGGUCUACGUACUAACGAUAGCGCCAUGUGCCAGCACUACGAUGAGCCGCGCCGUCGCGCAAGUGUUUCCGGCCAGCUGAUCUGUUAGCGAACAUUUCUGCUUCACUUAUAGCUCAACCUUAGCUCCAACAAUACCCAUGUACAAUCAGCCCAGGCGUUUGUAUAUUUGGCAUAUUUUGUUCACUUCCUUUGGUAUUUCUACGGCUCCUUAAGCGCAAGGUGUUCCCUGAAAACAGCGUCGCCAACCCUUUGCUAGCAGCUUCUUUGAGCAUAAUGAUUCUUAUUGAACUCAUUUGCAUUUCUCUUAGCGUCUCAAUCUACAGCAUUAUUUAUGCUAUUCAGUGAUUUGAAAGUGUUCAGUUAUUUUGCCUAUUGUCGGAAAUACUAUGGUGUUGGGGAAAGAAAUGUACUCCCUCAGAAAAAGAAAUACCGAGGUAUUCUUGUUCAUCUAUUAGGCUGUUUCAGCAAAUGAGAAAUAGGUGGCUAUGGAGCAUUUGCGCACGUCUUAAAUGAAAUACAAAAAAAGAACUGAAGACUAUUCAACUUUACUAGACUGACUUACUUUACGAAAGCACAAUGCAUAGCGAUUAUCGACAGACUGUCCCUAGUUGGGUCCUGCUGUGUUUUGGCUAAAUGAAGUGCUACAUGAAGGGCGAAAUCAACACAUGGACGCUUGGCUUCAUGAAGGCUCAAAUGAAAGGUGUGGCCUUCACUGAUAAUCAAAUUAACGUGCUAAGUUUGUGGCCCCACUAGUGAAUACGACAAAAAGCAUGGAAAGCUAGAGAUGUUCAUCUGGUCAAAUGAAAUAAACCAUGCCAUAGCGUGUUGCGCAUGCACAUUGCCUGCUCUAAAUUGCAGGAUCGUAAGUACAACAGGGUCAAGCUUUACGUUAUAGCAAGCCGUACGUUAGUCGUGGCUCUCAGGAGACAUGGGGUCCCUUGUUCGCCGUCAGCAAUUAUUAAACUAAAAAGGAAAGAGUUGCUAUGGGCCUUGAAGGAACAUAGACGUAGAUUUCAGUCAGCGUGUUAAGAUGCCGCAGGAGUUCUCUCACCAGUGUUACCUCGCGUGAUUCCGCGGAGGUUUGCUUCUGCUGCACAACACUUCGUACGAUUCAUCGUCAUGGACUCAUGGAUAUCUCUGUUGUAACCCCCUUUACAAAGAAGUGAUAUACAUGUCCACAAAAGAAAACGUCUGGUCUGCCCCACAAAGGGAAAAAGAAACCCAUUUUCGUCGCUUGUGCACUAACCUUCGGAGCAUCUGACACCACCUUUCCUCACCCGCUAUUCAAAUUUUGUCACUUGCGUCGCGCUCCUCUUCAAGCCGUCAUCGCCGGAGCCAGCCUACCCUCGUGCUUCAACACAACUGAAAAGGCGUCCAGUGAAGCUCUCUCCAGACCCGGUGUUCUUUGAAGGGCAACAUUUUGGAAGAGCAGUAUGCGCUCGUGCUGUGCCAGGUAUUGCCUGGAAACAUGGCCAGUGGCCAUGAAACAAGCUGUGUGCACGUCUUGUACAUAACAUGAAGUGAGCGUCGCGGCUGGCAAAGACGGCAUGUGCGUGCCUGGGUGUGUGUUUGUGUACCGGCGUCCAUCUGUGUGAGUGUCCCUCUUGUGAGCGUGAGCGAGUGUUUCCUGUCUGUGGGACCAAACCUGAAGGAGAGAUUUACUGCCGUUGCCACGCGCGCUGAAGGUUUCGUCGCUCAAUAUGGCGACGUGAUUGUUUUACAAUAAACUGAUCAUUCUGCUGCUCUCUCA